UAUUCGAACUGUCGUGCACGCUCAUGAAGCGUUCGUUAUUGUGCGUAGUGCUCGUGGCUUUUGUUUGAGUGCGUUGAUUUCACGUUCUUUUCAGGGUACGUAGAGAAAAUACCACCCUCGAUAUUUCACGGAGGCCGGAAUGGACGCUCGUCCCUUCAGCCUGCCAGUCUGCUGGAAAGACGACGUGCGUAUGCGAGCUCUCUUCUCCGAGUUCCGAUCCAAAGAAGCAAACCCGGAAGGCUGGCAGGACAAGAUGGACUUUUGGGUGUCUCUCAUCCUACAGUGGAGCCGCGAGACGCGAACUCCAGUGUUCUCGGCGUUCGACGUCGGGUCCGCGUUCGAAAGGAACCGAGCCCAGCCGGCCUGCCUGAACACCGUACUUGCCCACAUGAAACGUUCGGGGGACUUGAGUGCUGCGGGCGAGUACUUCGCCAACGACGGUUGGGUCAAGUGGGGUUUCGACGUGCUGGUCAAGAAGCCGCUGAACUGGAUGUGGGGAUGGGGCGCCGCGGGUGAAGCCCCCGUCGAUUGCGACGAGCUUUUCGUCAACGUGGACAUCAUUAAGCAACUCCAGAAAGAAGUCCUCAAACGCUGCGAAGACGAGAAAUUCGUGGAAGACGUCGUGACCUACUCCGACGUGUGGAAGAUCUGCCAGGGGAUAUGCAGGGACGAGAGGUCGUUCGCUUACGUCCUCACCAGCCUGGAGCGUUCCAAGCACCUGCGCGUGUUCUUAAAGGACGGUAAGAAAGCGGUUCAGUUCUUUCACCACCGCAGUCCGCUCAAUGAGCAGGACAGGGCGCUUCUAAAGCUGGAAAAGGCGAAGCAAGACCUCAACCAGAAGGUCGAAGUCUUGCAGCAAGACAUAGACCGCUGUACCCGCGAGGCGCUGGACGCGAAAAAGCAGGGCUUUCAGAACAAGGCGCUCUACAUCCUCAAGAAGAGGCGGAGAGCACAGCAAGUCCUGGACAAACAGUUCGCGAUGCUGGACAACAUCCACUCGCUCGAGAUGAACCUUGCUGAGAAGAAAGACAUCGAGGCUGUCUAUGAUGGCUACAGGACUGCGGCGCAGGCGCUCAAGGUGGCCCACGGUGGCAUCGAGGCAGACGACGUGGAUGACGUGGUGUCAGAGAUUCAUGGUUCAAUCGAAGAGCAGCAGGAACUGAGUCGUCUCAUGGGUGCAGCGGCCGUCUCCAGCGAUUUGGACAUGGACGACCUGGAGGCUGAGCUGAGCCAAAUUCUGAACGACUCCACAGAAGAGCCCCAGGACACCAGCCAGGUCUCCGAUGGGGGACUGCAGUAUCCGGCAGUCCCGACUGAAGAGCCCCAUUCGCCGCCCAAAGCAACUGUGCCACCAAAGCCGCCGAGGCCCACAACUCUGUUGCCUUCAAAGUGACCUGCAUCCAUUGUCAUUUUUCUCUGUGCGUGAAAUAAUUUGAUUGAAAUUGUGUCAUGUUCUAAUUUUAUUCAAAAACAGAUUUCUUUUUUGCAACUUCAGCGGUUUGUUAACAUACAUUUUCGUAUGUUCUGAUUGGUGCAAUCAGUUUUGCAAGUCUUACUAUUGCCAACACAUCUGUUGCCCCAUAUCAACUGCAGUGUUUGUUUUGAGUUACUCCAUUAAUCCACUAAAUAGAUGGAUAUAAUGUGCCGCCACCUACCUAUGCAAGAUUAAAUUGUGGUUUGUGGUUUCCUUACUCUUGAACAUUACAUGCUUAUAGACCGACACGCUGUUUACAAAUAAGCCCGAGUUCACCCACCCCAGGUGUGGGCGGCACUGCGCGUGCGCAGAAACCAGAUUCAUGUGAAGUGAAGCGUCUGCGCAUGCCCAGUGCCGUCGGCAGCGCCACCGCAGCUGUGUGACGUCAGGGCGGCGUGUUCGCCUAUAGACUUUUGCAGGUUAGAAAACCAGGACAAGCUCCUUCUGCAAAGCCCUUCAUUUUCUCCUUUUUAAAGGUGCAAACACUGGAGAUGGAGAGGAGACUAGUCUUCUCUCCUCUUCGGCGUUCGCUCUGCUAAAAAGGAAAGAAGAGUGGAGGGCUUUGCGAAAGGAGCUUCUGGUUUCUUAUUUUGCAACUGACUAUAGAGUUCCUUGCCAUUUGUGUUCCGCAACAUUUUUCCUCAAAAACAUGUACGUGAUCAAGCAUUUGUUACAGGUUUGCCACAACCGUAAUAAAAAUUUGUAACCUAUGACAUAUGUCACAGUAGCACUUCGGUGCUACUGUGGCAUAUGUCAUAUUGUCCAAAACAAUGAGCUGAACGGAAAUUGGACAGUAAAACACUAGCUCCACGCUAUUUUUGAAAGAUGAGCUAUGCACGAGAAUUUACCAAGCGGAAAUCAGAAAUAUGCUUUCUUUCGUAAAGAGCUGAAUGAUAAUGUCCUUACAGUAAAUCCCUGUUGUGGUUAGUUUUCAAGAAAUAGUGUAACUAUUCUUGCAUACAGAUUCAAAUUUCUGUUUGAUUUUCAGCUUGUUUUUCUUUA